AUGUAUGAGCAAGCAGAUAAUACAGUCUUCUCAACUAUUUUUUUAAUUGUCGCUCAAACCAAACUUCAAAAACUACGUUUAAUUCAUCUAGAUUAUACAACUAAUCAAAUAGCGUGGCCUAUUCAAAGUACAUUAGAACAAAUGACAAUCGGAGAUUGUUCUUAUCACCAAUAUCGUAUCAUUCUCUGUAACUCACUCCGUUUAAGAACACUUGUUAUUAGAGAUUGUAUUAUGGACAAUAUUGAUCCAACGGUUUCUUCAUAUGCACUUACAACAUUUGAUUCUACAGGUAGAGUUAAAUAUGCAUCUUUCAAACAUCAUCUAUUUCAUUGUAUAACAUUAAUUACAGUUGAUCUUUCACGUAAUGAGAUUGGUGACAUUGGAGCACAGUAUUUGGCUGCCACACUACAAAACCAUCAAACACUUACCAAUCUAGACCUCUCCUACAAUCGAAUCGGAAACAAUGGAAUGCAAUAUCUUAAUGAUGCCUUUAAAGAAAACAAAACACUUAUUAAAUUGAACCUCAAACACAAUCUUGGUAGUUAUUGUAUAAUUGUAAGCGCAGCAAUUCAAAUACGAAAUGAUAAAGCAAUCACUAAGUUGAACCUUAUGACAAAUAAAAUAAGUGACAUUGGAGUACAAUAUUUAGCUGAUGCAUUAAAAAAUAACAAAGUGCUCACUAUCCUCGAACUCUCCUACAAUCAAAUUGGAAACAAUGGAAUGCAAUAUCUCAAUGAUACUUUAAAAGAAAACAAAACACUUCUCGAAUUAAACCUCAAAGGAAAUCCUGGUAGCUACUGUAUAAUUGUGAGCGCAGCAAUUCAAAUACGAAAUGACAAAAUGAUUACUAUGAUGGAUCUCUCGGGGAAUCAUAUUGGAGACACUGGGGCUCAACAUUUAGCUAAUGCUUUACAAAAUAACAUAACAUUCACAGAAUUGAAUCUAUGGCAUAAUGAAAUAAGCCAUAUUGGAGUACAAUAUUUAUCUGAUAUGUUACGAAACAAUACGACAAUCACUUCGAUUGAUCUUUCAAAAAAUCAAAUUAGAGAUAGCGGGGCUAAAUAUCUUGGCGAUGCUUUGCAAAACAACAAAACACUCACCAAACUAAUACUCGAUUCUUAUUAUUAUGAUGAUGACCAUGCUGAUAAGAAAACAAAUAUAAUCAGUGAUAUUGGAGCACAAUUCUUAGCGGAUGCCUUACAAAAAAACCAAGCACUUACUAGACUUAGUCUUGAAUCGCAUCAAAUUGGAGAUACUGGAGCACAACACUUUGCUGCAGCCUUGCAAAACAACAAAGUAACGAAUUUCUUUUUAGUCAUCUGA